ACCUCGUCUGGCCGUCUCGUUCGGGAAGAGGCGAGCGAAAGGACGCGCACGGAGUCCAGAGAGACCCGGUGGGGGACGCGAGACUGCGAGCCGCGAGACCCAGGAGCAGCCCGCAGAUAACCAGUCCGAGUCAUGCAGUCUUUUCGAGAAAGGUGUGGUUUCCAUGGCAAACAGCAGAACUACCAGCAGACCCCACAGGAGACAGCACGCCUGGAGAAUUACAGGCAGCCGAGUCAAGCCGGGCUGAGCUGUGACCGGCAACGGCUGCUCACCAAGGACUAUUAUAACCAGCAGCCUUACCCGGGCUACGAGGGCAGCACCGGCCCCCCCGCCGGCCCAGCCACCUCCGUGGGCGGGGAGAAGUACCACCGCGGCAGCAAGGCCCUGUCCUCCUCACAGGCCCUGCAGGGGCGGCCACCUUUCCCUGGCUACAGUGUGCAGGACAGCCCGUACCCUGGGCGCUACACGGGCGGGGAGGAGAGCCUGCAGGCCUGGGGGGCUCCGCAGCCGCAGCCCCUGCCGGGAGGCGUGAACAAAUAUGACGAAAGCUUGAUGAAAAAGACAGCCGUGCCCCCCGGCAGGCAGUAUCCAGAGCAGGGUGCCCAGCUGCCCUUUCGGACUCACUCGCUCCACAUGCAGCAGCAGCAGCCACCGCCGCCGCCGCCGCCGCCACAGCAGCCACAGCCCCAGCCGCUGCCCCAGCCCCAGCAGCCCCUGGUCUACCCCAAACUCCAGAGGCAGAAGCUACAGAACGACAUUGCCUCUCCACUGCCCUUCCCGCAGAGCAGCCACUUCCCCCAGCACUCCCAGUCCUUCCCUGCCUCCUCCACCUACUCCCCAUCCGUCCAAGGCGGCGGGCAGGGGGCUCACUCCUACAAGAGCUGCACGGCUCCAUCUGCCCCAUCCCAUGACAGGCCACUGACAGCCAACGCCAGCUUGGCCCCAGGGCAGAGGGUCCAGAACCUUCACGCCUACCCGUCUGGCCGCCUCAGCUAUGACCAGCAGAAGCAGCAGCAGCAGCAGCAGCAGCAGCAGGCCCUUCAGAGCCGGCACCAUGCCCAGGAAACCCUCCACUACCAAAACCUCACCAAGUACCAACACUACGGACAGCAAGGCCAGGCCUACUGCCAGCCCGACGCAGCUGUGCGGACCCCAGAGCAGUACUACCAGACCUUCAGCCCCAGCGCCAGCCAUUCGCCUGCGCGCUCGGUGGGCCGCUCGCCAUCCUACAGCUCGACCCCGUCCCCGCUGAUGCCCAACCUGGAGAACUUCCCCUACAGCCAGCCACCGCUGGCCACCGGCGCCUUCCCUGCUGGCAUCACCGACCACAGCCACUUCAUGCCCCUGCUCAACCCCUCCCCGACGGACGCCGCCAGCUCCGUGGACCCCCAGGCUGGCAACUGCAAGUCCCUGCAGAAGGACAAGCUCCCUGAGAGCCUGCUGUCGGACCUCAGCCUGCAGAGCCUCACGGCCUUGACCUCGCAGGUGGAAAACAUCUCGAACACGGUGCAGCAGCUGCUGCUUUCCAAGGCCGCUGCACCGCAGAAGAAGGGGGUCAAGAGCCUGGUGUCCAGGACGCCCGAGCAGCUCAAGAGUCAGCACUGCAGCCCCGAGGGCGGCGGCGGCUACUUGACCGAGCCGGUGGGCACGCCGCUGUCGGAGCCCCUGAGCAGCACGCCACAGUCCAUCCAUGCCGAGCCCCCUGAGGCCGACUACCUCAGUGGCUCCGAGGACCCUCUGGAUCGCAGUUUCCUCUACUGCAACCAGGCCCGCGGCAGCCCCGCCAGAGUCAACAGCACCUCCAAGGCCAAGCCUGAGUCCGUGUCCACCUGCUCCGUGACCUCACCUGACGACAUGUCCACCAAGUCCGACGACUCCUUCCAGAGCUUGCACAGCAGCCUGCCCCUGGACAGCUUCUCCAAGUUCGUGGCGGGCGAGCGCGACUGCCCGCGGCUGCUGCUCAGCGCCCUGGCCCAGGAGGACCUGGCCUCGGAGAUCCUGGGGCUGCAGGAGGCCAUGGGCGAGAAGCCCAGCAAGGCCUGGGCUGAGGGCCCCAGCCUGGCCAAGGACCCCGGCAAGCCAGCCUUCUCUCUGGAGAACCACAGCGCCUGCCUGGACCCUGGGGCUAAGAGCGGGUGGCCCCGGCCAGGGGAACCAGAGCCCCUCCCGGACCCCUUGCAGUUGGACAAGGGCAGAAACACCAAGGACUUCGGCUCGGAGCUAUUUGAGGACCCCUCCCUGGGCUUUGCCACCCCUGACCCCAAAAAGACAACAGGGCCCCUCGCCUUCAGCAGCAAGACCCCCCUUGGGGUGCCCCCAGUAGACCCCAACACAGCAGCCUUCGACUGCUUCCCGGAUGCGGCGCCCACCGGCUCAGCAGAUGGCACCAACCCCUUUGCCUGGCCAGAGGAGAACCUGGGCGACGCCUGCCCCCGCUGGGGGCUGCACCCUGGCGAGCUCAGCAAGGGCCUGGAGCCUGCCGGGAAAGCCUCAGAGGGCAUCGGCAAAGACGGUGCUCAGGAGUCGCCCGCCUGCCUUGGCUUCCCCGGGGAGGAGCCUGGCGGGGAGAAGGCAGCUGUGCCUGGAGACUUUAAGCCGGAGGAGUUGAGCGGUGUGAAAGAGGAGGCAGGCAGGCUGCUGCAGUGCCACGAGGUCGUGGGCAAGGCCGACCGGUGGCUGGAGGAGAGCCAGCACCACUGCACUGCUGCCGACUUCGGGGACCUCCCGCUGCUGCCGCCCACCAGCCGGAAGGACGGCUUGGAGGCUGAGGAGGAGUACUCCUCCCUGUGCGAGCUCUUGGGCAGCCCAGAGCACAGGCCCAGCCUGCAGGACCCACUGUCCCCUAAGGCCCCGCUGACCUGCACCAAGGAGGAGGUGGAAGAGGCGCUGGACUCGAAGUCUGACUGGGGCUCACCCUGCCACCUGUCCGGGGACUCGGUCAUCCUGCUGGGACCCACCGUGGGCGCCGAGUGCAAGGUGCAGAGCUGGUUCGAGGCCUCCCUUUCCCACAUGAAGCCAGGUGAGGAGGGGCCUGAUGGUGAGCGGGCCCCGGGGGACACCGCCACCCCGGAUGCCUUGCUGGGCCCAAAGCCCACCAAGCCCGCAGUGCCCGAGACGCCCAGCGCCAAGAAGGAGCCCGUGCCGCGGGGCAAAAGCUUGCGGAGUCGCCGGGUGCAGCGGGGGCUCCCCGAGGCCGAGGACUCACCGUGCCGCGCGCCCGUGCUGCCCCGAGACCUCUUGCUCCCCGAGUCGUGCGCAGGGCCCCCUCCGGGCCAGACGGAAGGGGCUGGGGCCCCGGGCCGGGCCGCCUCGGAAGGUCUCCCCAGGAUGUGCACACGCUCCUUCACGGCCCUGAGCGAGCCCCGCACACCCGGCCCCCCGGGCCUGCCCACCGCCCCCGCGCCCCCAGAACGGCUUGGGGGCAAGCAGAGGGCGGCCUUCAAGUCCGGCAAACGGGUGGGGAAGCCCUCCCCCAAGGCCGCGUCCAGCCCCAGCAACCCGGCCGCCCUGCCCGUGGCCUCCGACAGCAGCCCCAUGGGCUCCAAGACCAAGGAGCCCGACUCGCCGGGCAUGCUGGGCGGCAAGGACCAGCGCUCCAUGAUCCUCCGGUCCCGCACCAGAACCCAGGAGGCCUUCCACGCCAAGCGGAGGCGUCCCGCCGAGAGCAGGCUGCCCAGCUGCCGCGUGGCCAAGAAAAUCCUCAACAGCCACCUGCCCGCGCCCUUCAAGGCCUCGGGCGGCCCCCAGAAGGAGGGCAGGGCCGGCCAGCGGGCGCGGCUCCCCAAGCCUGGCAGCGGGGGCGUCAUCCGGAAGCCGUCCGAGCGGCCCCUGCAUGCGCUCAAGCGGAAGGCUGCCUUCAUGGCACCUGUGCCCGCCAAGAAGCGCGGCCUGGCCUUGCGGAGCGGUGGCGGCGGGGACGCCCCGGAAGAGAAAGGCGAGGGCACCCUUGUCCUUUUCAAGAGGGCGUCGUCGCCCAAGAAAGCCAAAUCGGCCAAGGGCAGCGGGGGCGAGGCCCCCGUCAAGCCCCUGCCCCUGGAGCCCCCCAGCGUCUGCAUCAAGAUGGCCUCCAGGACCACCUUCCAGGCGGCCAUGAAGACCAAGGUGCUGCCCCCGCGCAAGGGCCGAGGUCUGAAGCUGGAGGCCAUUGUGCAGAAGAUCACCUCGCCCAGCCUCAAGAAGUUCGCCUGCAAGGUGGUCGCCGGGACCGCCCCCGCCGACCCCCUGAGCCCGGGCCUCCCUGAAAAGGAGAGGGGACUCAAGAGUGCUGCAGGCAGCCCCACGGGGGCAGAGGAAGGGCUGCCGGGUGUUGGCGUGGGGCCUGACCCGUUAUGCAGAAACCCCAACAACCGAUCCCUAAAAGGCAAACUCCUGAACAGUAAGAAGCUGUCUUCGACCGAAUGCUUCAAAACCGAGGCCUUUUCGUCCCUGGAGGGCCUGCCCCCCGGUGGGACCACCCUGGCACCUAAGAAGAGAAGCAGGAAGGGCAGGGCUGGAGCCCUAGGGUUACCCAGAGGCCCUCCUGAUAAACGACCCCACCUGGGCCCAGCUCUGCUCCCAGCCCCCCGAGACAGGGCCAGCAGCGCCCAGGGGGGUGACGAGGACAUCCCUGGUGGAGGAGGCAAAAAGCCAAAGAUGGAGGAGGUGGGCUUGUACUCCCAGGCCCCCGAGGGCCUGCUCUGCCAGCCCCAGACCAGGGCCCAGAAGCAGCCAGGCCCUGCCAACUACAGCAGCUAUUCCAAGCGGAAGCGGCUCACGCGGGGCCGGGCGAAGAACACCACCUCCUCUCCCUGCAAGGGGCGUGCCAAAAGGCGGCGGCAGCAGCAGCAGCAGGUGCUGCCCCUGGAUCCUGCAGAGCCUGAAAUCCGCCUCAAGUACAUUUCUUCCUGCAAGCGGCUCCGGGUGGACAGCCGGAUCCCUGCCUUUUCCCCCUACGUGCGAGUGGAGAAGCGAGACGCGUUCACCACCGUGUGCACUGUCGUCAACUCCCCGGGGGACGAGCCCAAGCCCCACAGGAAGCCCUCCUCCUCCACCUCCUCCUCCUCCUCCUCCUCUACCUUCUCCUUGGACGUGGCUGGGGCCUCCCUGGCCUUGCUCCCCGGAGGCUCUGUCCUGCAGCCACGGCCAUCCCUGCCCCUCUCCUCCACCAUGCACCUGGGGCCCGUGGUCUCCAAGGCUCUCAGUACCUCUUGCCUUGUUUGCUGCCUCUGCCAAAACCCAGCCAACUUCAAGGACCUUGGGGACCUCUGUGGCCCCUACUACCCUGAACACUGCCUCCCCAAAAAGAAGCCAAAACUUAAGGAGAAGGUGCGGGUGGAGGGCGCCUGCGAGGAGGCCUCACCGCCCCUAGAGAGACCACUCAGAGGCCUUGAGUGUACAGCCGCCACGGCCGCAGCCACCACCACCACCACUACCGCCGCUGUCACCGAGAAGCCCACUAAGCCCGACGGCCCAGCCGACCCUGCCAAGCAGGGCUCCCUGCGCACCAGUGCCCGGGGCCUGUCCAGGCGGCUGCAGAGCUGCUACUGCUGCGAUGGUCAGGGGGACGGCAGCGAGGAGGCGGCCCCAGCUGACAAGAGUCGCAAGCAUGAGUGCAGCAAGGAGGAGCCCGCCGAGCCCGGCGGAGGCACCCAGGAACACUGGGUGCACGAGGCCUGUGCCGUGUGGACGGGCGGGGUCUACCUGGUGGCCGGGAAGCUCUAUGGGCUGCAGGAGGCUAUGAAGGUGGCCAUGGACAUGACAUGUUCCGGCUGCCAAGAAACCGGGGCCACCAUCGGAUGCUGCCACAAAGGAUGUGUCCACACCUACCAUUACCCGUGUGCCAGCGACACUGGUUGCAGCUUCCUUGAAGAGAACUUUUCCUUGAAGUGUCCCAAGCAUAAGAGGCUGCCGUUGUAACCACCCUCAACGGCUGGGCAAGUCGGAGACCCCUGCCCGCCCGCCGCUGAAGGAAGGAGCUGCCUACAGUGGGGUCCAGAACUGAUCCUUGAUCCAGGUCCGGAUUCCGGAUAUUAGAUCUGGCUGCCUGGCACUGAAAUCCCUUCUGAAGCCGCCUGCCCCCAGAACCUGAUGGCUGGAGCCUCCAGCCUCCUGGCCCAGGCCAGGCUUGGAGGGGGAGCCCACGGAGUGGCCAGACUCCUCGGAGUACCCCAGCUCUGGCGGGUGUGGGAGCUAACUCCAGCCCAGGUUGCAUCUCCUCCUGGAAGUUCUGAGACAACGUGGCAGGUGUCCUACCUGGGUGAGGCCGGCUGCCCCCCAGUGGGUCACGGCACGAAGCUGGGCACACACAUGUGCUGGGUCAUAAGAACCCGG